AUGCCGAACGAUGAAAUUCUGAAGCUCGUUUUCCCUCUUCUAGAAGGCGUGGACUUGGUCACGUGCUCGUCGGUUUGUAAGCAGUGGCGUGAGAUUGCUCGGGAUGACUAUUUCUGGAAAUGCUUGUGCGCCAAGAAAUGGCCCUCCACUUGUAAAAAAUCUUCUCCACUCACUUCAUCUUCUUACCAAAAACUCUACAAAACCUUCCACAAACGCCGCCACGUAAGGCCUCUACCUCCGCCUAGGCUCUCCCUGGACGACUUGGAAUUUUACAUCGAUAUCUGGGCCGAGCAGAACCUUAUCUUUUCUGAAGUCGUACCUGGGCCAAUUCUUCGUAAGGGAAAUUGGGCCCCGCCUAACGGGCUUCCGGAUGUUCUCAGGUUCCAUCUGUUGAGCCCGGAGUAUAAGAUGGCGAUGCCCGUGCACCCGAGGUUCAGUGUCACCGUGGGCCAGGCUGUGAUCGUUUCUGUGCUAGUGGGCAGAAAGGAUUCUGGAAAAAUUGCUCGGGUGAUCGAUCGUGCGGUUUUCGAGUAUAUUGAUCGGUCCACUUAUCGUGCCAUGGCAUUUGACUAUCUUGACUUCUCGCCCGAGCACCCUUUUGUGUCGGGCAUAAGGGCAUGGGCCUCGUUGCUUUUCACGGACCAGUGUGGAGAAGGGGAUAUUGAUGUGUUUGGUAUAGAGCUCGAUUUUUGCGAUGCUGCCAGCUCAGAGGACCAAGUCUUGUGGCUGCUCGACAUGCUUGAUUGGAAGUAA